AUGGAUUUUAAUUCGAGGAAGAAGAAAAAAAAAAAUAAUAACAAUGACAUAUAUAAUGAAAACAUAAAUAUAUACCUAGAGGAAAAUGACAACUACAUACUUGACUUGGAGAAAAAGGUUCAAACCCUCAAACUGCUUGGAUCCAACCUGAGAGAUGAAGUCCGCACAUCCAAUUCCCUCCUGGACAAUUUGUCGCACAGGAUGGAACACGUGAACAGAAAAUUAACAGGAGUGUACAGGCGCGUGAAAAAUAUUAUAAAGACAAAGGGAAAUAAAUACAUGUUUUACCUCAUCCUGUUCUUCCUAUUUUUGCUGUUCUUUAUGAACUACCUAUAUCGAAAGAAUAAGUAA